AUGACCACGAAAAGUGAUCCAUAUUCUAACUGUGUUUGGUUAGAACAACGUCGGAAUGGAUUCGACGGAGAACUUUGGCGGAAAGCUCAAUUAAUAAAUCUGUUAUCCAAAUGCUAUACAAAGAAACUCAGAGGAUUUCGCGUCAGUUAUAUAGAUCCAGAUGACAAAUUAAAAAGUCAUUCGGAUAGACAAACAUUUAUAGGAGCAUCGACAUGGGGACAGAAUUCCAGUUCUUCUGUUCGUAAGCUACUUGAUAUAAUUGUCACUCAAUGGAAUCCAGAUUUACUUGGCGAAAAUAACAUUUGUGCAAGAGAAUUACAUUAUAACAAAACACAAAAUUCAUUUAAACCGUUGAAUCAAAUAGGUACUGCGUUAAAUCAUUCAAGUAGUAAUUUAAAAAUUCAAGCUGAAUUUUCGAAAUUCUGUUCCAGUCUCACAACAUUACAUUAUUCUGAAACGUGGGCUUCUAUGUUGCAUGGUUCCCAAAAUGAUGCAGUGUCCCCUCAAGAUCGUACAACAGUGAUCAGUGUGAAAGAUAUGAAGAAAAUGUCUACAGCAUGCGGAACGAAACAAACUGCUAUUAUCGUGGGAACAGUUGAUUCGACAAUUGAUGAUUCAGACAUUGGUCCGCCACCAAUACGGAAUUUACGUGAACCACUUAUACCUGGUGUUAAUCAUUACGAUUUUGAAGGACUGGCUGCUGUUCAACAACGUGCAAUCAAACGAUGUAUUUCCGACCAUGAUAUUAGCGUCCAAGCACAGUCGGGUACAAAGAAAAUGAAAACGUCUGCUAUUUCGGUAUUACAACAACUCGAUGAUAAGGUUAAGGAUUAUCAAGUUUUUAUUUUAACAUCCACUCGAGUGUCGGUUCAAGAAAUUCAAAAAAUAGUUUUAGCUCUCGGUCAUCAUAUAGAUGUUGCAUGCCAUGCUUGUAUCGAUGGCACAAAUACUCGUAACGAUAUGAAACGUCUUGAAACAGAUAUUCAAUUUGUUGUCGGUACACCAGAAUGUGUUUACGAUAUGCUUAAUGAAUCAGUUCCUCAUAGAAAAAAUAUCAAAUUGCUCAUAUUAAACGAAGCUGAGAAAAUGUUAUCACAUGGUUUCAAAAACCAAAUCAGUGAUAUAUUUACAAUCAUUUCACGAAACACACAAGUUAUUCUUCUAUCAGCUACUAUGCCAAGCGACGUACUCGAAGUGACAACUAAAUUCACGAAGAAUCCGAUUAAAAUUCUUGUUAAAAAUAAAUUAACUCUCGAGGAUAUUCGUCAAUUUUAUGUUUUUGUCGAACGUAAGCAUGGUGAUAUAGACCUAAUAGAACCUCAUGUUGUUAUGAUAAAAUCUCGAACAGGUCGUAGUCGUACUUUAAAUACAACUGAUUCACCUACACAUAUCACUGAGAUACCACAAGAUGAUGAUGAAGAAAUAAGUGAUGAUAAUACUUUUGAUUAUGAUUCUUAUUCUGAUGAAUGUAAAAAUGAAGUUGUUGAUAUUGAAUGUUUUAACUCAUGUUUUAUCAGUCGUUACAAUUUUUGCCCGAUGUUUUUUCCGGGUUCACUUCAAGAUGCUUGCCAAGCAGCUUUCACUUCAAAAGUGAUUAAAGAACAUCGUCCAGUACUUGUCUAUAUACAUCAUGAUCGGAGCAUAUUUAGUAAUAUAUUUUGUUUAAAUAUAUUCUGUUCGGAAAUUAUUAUUGAAUAUUUACUUGAAAAUUAUAUUGUUUGGCCUUGGGAUAUUACAUUUGAAUUAAAUAAAAAUAAGUUGAUACAAAUCUGGAGAGAAGUAUUUUCUACUGAAUUCUUGAACAUUUCUCUUGCUGAACAAUGUCCAAUGCUUAUUGGAAUUAUGCGACGAUCUGCAAGAGCAAAAGAUUGGUCAUUAACAUCCGAAUAUGAAGUCAAAAUAUUACUCAAUGGUGAUACAUUAACAUGUACUCAAGAAAAAUUAACUCGUGAAACUUUACUAGGGGAAUUGAUCAAUUUGAAGGAAGAAUUCGAUGAAAAUGAACAAAUUUUAGUAAGUCUUUGA